AUGUCACAUGCAUCACCUUUGGUUGUUCGUAUAUUACAUUCGUUAUUAGUAUUCGCAUUAUUAGUAAUAUUUGGUUAUCAGUUAUAUUCGGUAUAUAAAACUGUAAAUGUACCAACAGAAGCAUUUAGCAUUAAUUCCGAAAAAGCAUUAGUUCCACCGGCAUUAACUUUUUGCUUAACAAGAGAAACAAGUUAUUUAUUUUCUAUAGAAAUAUACAAUCAAACAGUUGACAGAGGUACCUAUCUGAAACAAUAUCCAAUAGAUUCUUAUGAAUUAAGUUCAAUUAAAGGACUAGUGGCACGUUGUUGGAUAUUAAGUCCCCCUGUCGGUGUUGAUCGAGCUUUAAUUAAAAAUCCUCCUCCAGUUCCCAAUGUGCCUGAUAUGGUGUUUACUACUACAAGAGCCGAUGAUGGACUUGGAGUCUCGCCAUUAUUAAUUAAUAUAUUUGAUCCUUUACAAAGAGAUACUCUUUUUGAUUUCAAUAGAUUUGUAUCAGUAAACCCUGAUGCUAAUAGAGCUAUACAAUUUACCAGAACUAAACAUAUUGAUCUUAAAGGAAAAGUAGUAAAUGAUGUUAAAUAUAAUAUUAUUGAAGAAUUUAGAGAUUCUUCUCAAACUGUUCCUGGUGUUAGCUUUACUAAUAAAUUCACUUUUCGAGCCGCUUCAUUUGAUGUACCAGUAACAACAGAAGUGAUUACGAUAACAAUACCAGUGGCAAUAUAUAGCACCUUAACGUUUCUUGGGGUAUUAAUUACUAGUGUAUAUCUACCAUUAGUUGGUCAAGGUAAAUAUAGACCAUGGGGUUAUAUAAAUAGAUUGACUGGUUAUUAUCCAGUAGAACAUAUAAGCCGGUCUGGAAAUUCUCCCCAGAUUAUUGAAGCAGGAUUGUUAAAGAAGGGUGAUGAUAGUCCUACAAUUCCUACAAUUGAGGAAAAAUUGGGAAUUUAUUUGGAAAAAAUUGGAAAGGCUAAAUAUUCAAAUUAA